AAUCCCGUAGUACUCCUGCAGAUACAUCCGCAUCUCAUCCAAAUCGAUAGGUAAACCAUUAGCUAUAGAAUUAUCGUUCGCCAUGGUCGCAAUUUAUCACAAAAAAUAAAAUCCUCUAACCAGCAGAUGGAAAGAUGUUUGCUGUAACCGGCCUAUGUUGUAGCCUCUGCGACUAUUUGACCAUGGCAGAUUUGACUAAAAGAGAAUUUGUAACGGAAGCCUUCAUUGCCUUUGACUAUGUUGCCUGAUACACCCCGACGAGGAAGUCAACAUAGCGAGUUGGUUUCCCAACUACAUUGUCAGCCAAUUCGACGAUGACAUGAUAGACCUAGACCAACCCCUUUCCAUGGACGGUUGCGGAGGCCUCCACUGCCUCAUAGGCGAAAGAAAGGUUAUCAUACUGGAAUUUCAAUAGGUUCUAGCUAGCUCUAGGUUGCAACCUUGGGUUGCUCCCGACCCUAACCAGGUAGAAAUAGUUGACCAGCGGGGAUGGUGGGUGCUUGAGGAAAGAUUAAGAAAACUCCGCUGUCCAGGGUGAUAGACAACGAAGACACCAUAAAUGCUAAACAUACAACCUUACUACUUUUGGACACACAUCCAUCCAACCAAGGACCUAUCGACGGCCCAUCCGACGCAUAAGAAUCAUCUGUUCCAAAGAAGGGUCAGCGGGAACAGCUGCAACACCUUGACCUGGGAUGGCAAAUGGCGCUCCAGGGGGGAGGUUUCCGGCGACAUACAUGUUGUUCAUGGCCAUAGCUUGUUGUUGACGCAACAACAUUAAUUGAUCCAUAUGCGUCACUGCCAUAGCAGCCUGGUGUUGCUUUUGCUGUUGCUGUUGAAGAUGCCUAUGUUGGAUAGCAGCUGCGGCAGGGCUCAGCACUGCAGCUGCCCUCUGACUGGUCAUGUUGUUGAUGAUGGGAGGAUCAGAAGCUUUCAUUGUUUUUUUCCUGGAGCUCUCACCGGAAGGCGAAGCAGGAGGUUUGGGAGCAGCCGGAGCCUCUGGUUUCGAGGUGGGUUUGGAAGUACCAUAAAGAGCCGAUGCCAACCGUCGCCUACGAGCUGCCUCGGUGUCUCGGCCGACAAGAUGCUGUUGUUCGUUCGUCUGCAUUCGAUGACGUGUUAGAACCAGCUCUUCUUCCUCUUUUUGCCCACAUCCCCAGUGCACCGAAGCCCAAGGUGGCAGGCAAAGUCCUUUCGGCCAAAUUCGAGAUGACAAAGAGGCCAAAGAAAAGGCGCCCGAAGAUGGCAUGGGAAAUUUAUCAGGAACAACGACUAUCAGAGCAAUGUCUCGGCAAGACAUUCCCCGAACAACUAAUGCUGUUGAUGAAUUCGAGUGUGGCGUCUGGAAAGAUGUGGUGGACGGCAGAUGGUGGCGGAAAAACCUUCGCAUUUGAUUUGGCAUUUUUCAAAGACGAUGUGAUGAAUAUGUUCUUUCCACCGAAUCAUCUCAGAAGGAUUACGGUGAUGUUAACUCGAUGGGAAUUUAAGAGGGUCAUGCAGCCGGAUUUACCGAAGCACUUCUUGGCUUAUCAGCACCCUAAUUUCGAUCGCUUCAAACCGGAAAUGGCCUCGGAGAUUGUUCUAAAGUGCAAAGGCGCCUUCGAGCUGGCUUUGGAACGAGAGGAGGAGGAUAGAAGAAGGUUGUUUCAAGGGAUUCGAAAGCAGCGAGAGCAAGGCGACGGAAUGUUGCUUCCUGUUCACAAGUCUGCAGCUGCCGUGGAACAGUUCAUUUCGAAUUCAAUGAGAAAAGUAGAGCAGGGGAGGAAAGAAAAGGGGCUGGACAAGAUACUUUUCCAGCAACGGACGCACCCAUUGCAGCGGAAGCAGGUUACGAAGGCCGUUCGCCCUCGUGUGAAGAAGCCAGAGAAGGCAAGGGUGCCUCCAUCUGUUCUGAUCGCCUCGCUUCGUAGGGAUGAAUCCCACGGCCACGACAAAGCUUCCGUCGCUCCUCCUUCCGUGAGAAUUGCUGCCCUUCGAAGAGAUUGUCCACCCAAGAACGUGCACUGGCCACUGCCGCGCCAAGCAAGUCUCGUGAACCUCCAAUUUCGUUGCCAGCGACCCAACCCAACAAAAGCCAGGUCACAGCCAGAAAGCCAACGACACGCCCUCCCGAGAGAAACAUUUUCGCAAGGCUGGAAGCAGCCAGGAGCGGCUCUACUGCCCGCGUCGAGCGUCAAGAAAGCUCCUCCUCCUCCUGCAUCAGUUGAAAUCAUUGACGUUGAUGCUCCUACUCCGGAACCAAGCAGGGACAUCAACCGAGGAAAACGAAGAAAGAAUUCUAUUCGCUUGCCUCCUAGACCUGUGCAGCCUGCUGUUGCUGUAGCCGUAGCUGAGCCACCAAGGCCAGAGCAGCACGGCUUUGAGCGAAGAAGCGCGCAGUCGGGGCUUCACCUCCGCCAAAGCCACAUCCUCCGAGGCAAGGCAAUUCCAACGACGCUUGCUAAUCUACAACAGACGCCUCGAAAAAGGCUGGGAAUGACGUGGGAUGAUCCUUCUUUGGGAACUCCUGACAGCGCGGAAAGCCCAAAGAAAACCAACGAGCUUGCGCAACGCCUAGCCAACAACCGCGAUGUGGGUACCAACUCCAUCCGGAGAACGUCACUGGCUUCUAGUCGACGCUUGUCGGCCCAAGAGCAGGUGGCCUUGGCCGAGGAACAACGUGCCUUGAAACGGCAAAAGCAAAUGUU